AUGAAUGGUGGGCUGGCCCAUAUAGAACAGAUGACCUUGCCAAGGCAAAGAGAGGGUUUUCUCCCUAUCCUGGGUUGUCUGGAUAUUGGAACUGGAGAGAUGGAAAGUGUGUACGAAGCGCGGGAAGAUGUGAUGGUUGGCGACGCACUAGAAUUAGAAACAGUUGAUGAUGGAAUGAAGACAACCGCCGUUUUGCCUUGGUCGGUUGAGCAGAAGUUUAAGCCUUCAGCAAAGAUUGUCACAGACAAGCAGACCCUAGCAGCAAAUAUGGUUGUGGAAUUCUGGAUGGUUGAGAUGGGAUUGAUGCGACGGCACGAAAAUGUAAAAGUCAAGCCCAGCAAGACCAAUAACCUGGUGACAAUUCGGACAAGUUGA